CUUCCCCAUCAUCCUCGUGGACAACAUAAUCAACCAUCCAAACUGACAGAAAAUUGAUGAAAAUUAGAUCAAUAAAAAGAGUGUAGAAUUUACUAAGAAAAAAGAUUUGUUGAUGGCAUAAGUGUUAAAAAUCUUUGUUAUGAGAAUUAAUUGCCUUAAAAGAGAUGGAGUGAUACUUAGUUAAAAGCCACUGCGGGAGAUCUACCGGCUGAUGUAGCACCAAUUAAUUGCCCUCGAGAGACUUGAUGGGAUCGGGUGAUACGUGCCAUCUGGCUGGCGCCAGCAAGCCCAUGAACUCGGUUCUCACCUUCCAAUGGAGCAAGAAAAAGCGGGGCAGAGCAACAAAUGGCGCGCGGGAAGGAGAUGGACCGCCGCGAUUUUUUUACUACGAGGCGAAGGAGCGACCGCCUACAUCCAAUAGCAAAGGGCCGUUCCCGUUCCCCUUCCCCUUCCCCUUCCCCAUUCCGAGCAAUGGCUUUCUGGGGGGUUGAAGUAAAGCCCGGAAACCAUUACAUGCAUCUUCUCAACGAUUUUCAGGGACGACUUCGUAUCUGCCAGGCAACAUUGGGGAGUGGCAGUGCGGUGACGAAGAGCGUGCUGCAAUGCAUUGUCGGCAAUAGAAGCCUCAUCUUACUGUGCAGCUUGAUUCCUAAUGUGGUUGAGACAUGCCAUUUGGAGCUCGAGUUCGAGGAGGAUGGCAAGGUCAUCUUCUCAGUUCUUGGGGAAAGAAGUGUGCACCUCUCUGGUUACUUUCUUCGUCCUAAGAUUCUCAUGGGUGGGGAUGAAAGUGAUUCAUAUGGGGAGGACAUCGGUGAAGAGGAUUCAAGCAGCUACGAUAAGUAUGACAGCGCUGAAGAUAAGUAUGAAUCUGACUUUAUUGAUGAUGGCGACUUGCAGACAGUUCCCCCUUCUCCUAAGUACAAAAGUAGUGUUGUAAUUAAGGAGAUUGUAGGGAAGGACAAACCAGGAAAUGGAAAUGCUAGUUGGCGAUGCUUAAAGAGAGAGCAUGUAGUAAGUGAUACUGAUGAUAGCAAUGAUGAUUUUCGAUGCCAGCCUGUUGUCAAGUCUAAGAGCUCCAUGGAAUUGGAAAAUGAAGAGGAAGAUGGCUUUCCGAUAUCUUUUUUCCCAAAAAAGAAAAUUGCUGCUAAGACCGCUGAUGGGAACUGUAAAUUAGGUGAUUCAGUAGUCUAUGGAAUACUGGAAAGCGAAGAGGAAGAUGGGAAUGCUAAGCCUGCAGAAGGGUAUUCUGAAACAGGUGCUGCGGCAGUUGAUGAGGAAAAGAAAUGGAAGAUCAAUGCCAUCAGUGAAGACCUAGAAUCUGCAAGGGUAACUUUCCAGCCAUGUGAUUCUUCACUGCUGCCUUCUGAGAUGAGCUUUGAAAACAAUGGCUUCCCAAAGAAGAAAAAGAAAGUUAAGGAUAGAAAGCCUCUUGAAAUGAUAUCUAAUGGGGAAAGGGUAAGAGGUGAUACAGAAAAGGAUAGGGAUGAUGCAGAGGUUGGCAUGGCGAAAAUGGACACCAAGGAAAAAGAUUUUCUAGUAGGAGCUCAUGUGGACAUGGCGGAAAAGGAUGAGAAGCUGAAGAAGAAAAAACAUGACGGGGCCAAGAAGAGAAAAGCAUGCCAAAUGCACACUGAUUUUUUAACAGAGGGAACCGAGAAAGGAGAAGAAAGAAAUCCAAAUGAACUUAUCAACAGGGAAGUCAUGGAUGAAGUUCUUCCUGUUGGGUCAAAUGAGCUGCCUAAUAAUAACUAUCCAUUUUGCAGGGACGAAAAUAGCAGGAAGAAAAAAAAGAAAAAUAAGCAGAAAGGAGGGAAUGUUGAUGAGGGCCUGACUGUUCUGGAUAAGGUUGAGGAUGAUAAUGCUGCUGCUGCUGCCAAUGUUUCUCCACAAGAGGCCAAGCAAAAGAAGGAAAAGAGCAAGAACCCAAAAAAAGGGAAUAUGGCAACAAUUUUGACUGUUGAGGAGCUAGCAACGGGCAAAUGUGAUGGCAGCAGAGCUUCUCCAUAGGCGUUCUCUGAGUUAUGCAAAAAAGGCGUGGCGAAAAUGCUGGGGAUCUUAUGGCUUUUGUUUUUGCUUUUGGGCUUUUUUCACAUUCAAUGAACUUCCAGAGGAAGCAUAUGAUGCAACCUUUUGCUGGGUACAUAAAGGAUGCCACAUUUUGUCGUUUGUGUAUGUGCGCGUGCAGUGGCUUGUUCUAGUGCAGUAGACUAAGAGAAGGUUGUUUCUGAGUUUUGUGUCUUUCAUUUUAAGCAAUUUCCAGUGUUAACAAAUUAAAUAUUGAUUGCAUACAAUUUUAAUUUUAUAAUAUCCUGCAUGUUUUUAUAAGAAAA